CGGAGGCUCAAGAAAUUACAGACACUUUCUAUGCGUCAUACGUCGGGGGCUGGGCUUGUGACGCGGUGGCAGCUGCUCUGGCCAAUCCCUGCGCUGCCUGACGUCACCGUGUUUAUUUUAACAGUCGGUGUUGCAACAGCGAGACAUUCCGUUCUACUACAACAAUAACGAUAACAUCGCGGUGAAACAUGGAGCAACUACACGAAAUUAUCUGACGAAGGAGAUCCAAAAAAUGGCACGGAAUUGCCGAAAAAUGAAGCGACAGCACAUCGACGCUUUUCUGUCACCGACAAAUACGCGAAAUCCGUUGGUUUUCGACGAGGAAUACCAGAAUACGUGAGAGUUUUUCUCAACGCAGACGCCGUAGUAAUCCGAGGAGGGGAAGACAGACGUAAAAAAUGGCCACGACUGUUGGUACCGUGAGAGGCUCCGAGCGGACGGCGAUGGAGAGGUUCGGCAGCGGAGGGAUGGCGCUUUUGCCUUGGACUAAACAGAUGCUGACUGUGUUGUGGGAACAGCUUCGGCUGCUGGUUCAAGUCAUUUACUACUCUUUCAUGUCAGUUUUCCAGAUGUUCAGGUUCGAAGUUCACGUUCGAAUCACAGACGAGACAGGUCAACACAUCCAGCACAUGACCACAGCAGCAAACCCAUCUGAAUCCUUCCUGUUCUCCUCGUUGUUUGACGGUGAUAACGGAGUCAUGGUUGGUGGUUCAAAUCCCCUCUCUAACUUCUGUGCCGACGUUGGCGACCCCUUCGCUGGGAAAUCCACUGCUGAGGCCUUGCUGUCCAGUCUGCGUGCUGACGAUCUGUGCUGCGGACUUGUGGACGACUUUGUGUCCAGAACAGCUGGUAAAGAAGAGGGCAUCUUUCUUGGACACCAAUCCAGCUGGAAAAUGGGCUUCAACGGCGACUGGAACAUCUUUGUAUCAAGCAGUGACAGUUCUGGUCCAAACAACACCAGCCAUAAGAAGAGUGAGAAGGUUUUCAACCAGGAUACAAGGAAGGAGAAAGUUUACAAACAGGACACUUCAGAGGAGGAGAGAAGCUCUCACUGGAGCAGCGAGGAAGACCAGAACGUAGCAGAAUUUGAGAGUGAGGAAAGUAGGGCGCUUUGGGAGUCUCUGUCAAAAUCUAGUGAUCCUUACAACCCCUUCUUUUUCUCAGCCUGCAUUUCAACUAGCCCAAACAUGGGGAAAAGUAAAAGUGAAACGCCAGACAGUAGUGAUUCUGACUUUAUGUCAGUGAGCAAGGCCAGCGAGGAGAUGUUGGGGUCUCAAGGCCUGAAUAUCUGGGUCAGCCGCUCUGAUAGUGAGAGCAGUUGGAGCAGUUGGGCCAGCUCAGAUGGUUCGACCCCUGACAUCGACAAGGAGGAAAGCGAGAGGCUCUGGGACUUCUUUAGCAGUCCUGAAGACCCUUACAAUCCCAUGUGCUUCACUGCGUGUACAGUCAGUAGUAACACUCCUCAAGUCACCACCACAGUCUCUAGACAACAGGCCUCACUUCCUGCACCUCCCUCCAAGUCUGAGACUGACACUGAGGAGAAGGAGAGCAGCUUUCCUCCUUCAUCUGAGGAUGAAGAAGAACAGCUGUGGAAGUGUCUCUCCCAAAAGGAUGACCCAUACCACCCUCUGAACUUCCAAGCCUGUUUCCAGAGCUCCUCAACACCAGCAACACUCCACCACCAAGACGAUUCAGAUUUCUUUGAUGUCCACUUUGAGAAAAAUUCACCUGCAAAGGGCAAGAAACGGGGAAAAGCUUCCAGAAAAUCUAGAGCUACCAAGCCCAUCCUGCCAGAGAGGCAGUUUCAGCAUCACUGCCAUUCAGACAAAACCAUGGUGCCAUGGAAAAGACCUGGACAAACACCCCCAGUGGAGAAGGACAACAAGACCAGCACCAUUCAGAAAAAGGUGCGUUUUUCUCCUCUUGUCCAUGUUCAUGUCAUGUGGACCUGGCCAUUUGCUCGGCAGGCAUCUCGUAAAGGACACUGGGAAGAAAUGGCACGAGACCGCGACCGCUUCCGGAGGCGCAUUAGGGAAACGGAGCAGGCCAUUGGCCACUGUUUCACCCAGUCACACCGGGAGAAGAUGCAGGCAUACCUGGACCGUGCCUUGGAAUGAAUUAAAGGUCCUGAACACUGAAUGUUUCAUUUCCUUUUUGGAUGACAACUUGUGAUUGGUUGCAAUGCAACAGUGAUUUUGAUGUAGGCCAAUUAGAUGUUUGAUGUUAGGCCAAUCUAAAUGUUUGGUGUCAAGUUGAACAACCUUGUACCUCAAAAGGAUUUCUACAUUGUGUACCUGUUGCACUGACUGACACUUUCCCAUAUUAACCUCAGCAUUACUGUGUGGAAUGUUGUUUUUGUAUGCCUUAUAUACUGACCUAGUAAUGUAACUUAUUUAUGCCCUAUGGAGCUUGUUUUUUAUUUUUUACUGUUGGUUUGUAUAUGUUUUUAUAUGUGUGAAGAAACCACAGUGGUGAGUGUAGAAGUUCAAAGUAGAAAAUGAUGAUAUCAUAAGAAAGCAGAGCUUUGCAGUACAAAGUGUUUUGAAAGGUUUUAUUUAAGCAUGCUGGAUACAAAUCAAGUUCUGGUGCAAUUUUUGACUUGCUGUUAAAAUGUUUUACACCUUGAUAUUUCUGUUUUUGUCUUGUAUUUUCCUAUUGCAUAUAAUCACAGCCUUUUAGUGCCGAGUGUAAAGAUGUGUGUUUUUAUGAUUAUAUGGCCCGAAACAUUCACAACACUUUGUCCUUUGUGACUCACUCAGCUUCUCAUGGUAACAUCAUGCACAUCAGAAAAUUGUCUGUAGCAAAUUGAUCUUUAGGUGCUUUGUUGAAUCAAUAAAAAUUUGGUACACUUUA